AUGACGUCAAGCCCUCGUUCCUCCCAUAUGAUGUCGCAGCUCCCUUUGAACCUGUUGCUCUGGAAAAUCACCGACGGUACACAUCUAACCGCACAUGAUAACGACUUUCAUGCGCUUUUCUCCACUAAGAUCCUCGAAAUCCAAAUCCUGGAUAUCAACUCGACGUUGAUUGACAAAACCCGGCCACAUGGACAGGGGGAGCGUCGCUCAGAUGUUAGCAUGGUUCAGGGCAUGGUUGUCAGAGAUCCAGAAACGUGGCAUCAAGUCAGCAGCUUCUUUGUUACGGUGUACAGAGACUACGUCCUCCCAUUCCACGGUAGGAAUGAAUACGACGACGGAGUCGAAGGCAGUAAGAAACCCACCGUAGUCAUACUUGGGACGAUCAAGCUGACAUCAAAAUCUGCAGCACGUGGGGGUAUCGAUCUAAUGGAUGAUAUUACCAUGAAAGAGAGCCGCAACAUGCCUACUCCCGCGGAUCACGCAGUCGCGGUGGGGAACCAGGCAAAGGGUGACCGCAAUAAAGUAGGGAAGGCCAGCAGUAAUGUUUCCUGA